UUUUUCAUCCCCCCCCCCUCGUUUCCCAAUUAUUACUCGAACAGCAAACCCUAACUUUACACUUAUCUCUCAAACAAAAACAAGAACAAAAAUCUCUCUCUCUCCAUCAAUCCACCUUCAUCUCCGAUCUCUCGCACCCUUGCCGGCGACAUGUCUCAGGUGGAUAACAGAAAUCCCUCGAACGCCAAGCGUGCAAGAACGGAUGGUGCUCGUAGGGAAGAUGAUUGGACUUGCCCAGGUUGUGGCAAUGUCAAUUUCUCUUUUAGAACAACCUGCAACAUGCGCAACUGUACACAGCCUAGACCAGCUGAUCACAAUGCGAAACCUGCUUUAAGGCCAAUGCACCCCCCUCAGCCUUACUCUUCUGCUGCACAAUAUGGAGGAUCUGGACCACCACCUUCUUCAAUGUAUUUGGGAAUGCCACCUUAUGGUGGUUCUGUUUUUAAUGGAUCAUCAAUUCCUCCUUACGACGUUCCAUUUUCUGGGGGAUCAGCAUACCAUUAUAAUUACGGGAAUCGUAUGUCUGGAGGCAGCCCCUACCGACCAAUGCCUAUGACUGGACCACCACCAUAUUCUGGUGGAUCCAUGAUGGGGAACGGUGGAAUGUAUGGUGUGCCUCCCCCAAUGAUGGACCGUUAUGGCAUGCCCAUGCCACCUAUGCCUCCUCCUCCUAUGGGCCCAAGACCGGGAUUUUUCCAAGAUGACAAGUCCCAGAAGAAAGAUGUGACGCGUGACAAUGAUUGGACAUGCCCUAAAUGUGGGAAUGUGAAUUUCUCGUUUAGAACAGUUUGCAAUAUGAGGAAGUGCAACACGCCAAAGCCAGGUGCCCAGGCUCCAAAACCAGAGAAAAAUUCAAAGCAGAAGAUGCCUGAAGGAAGCUGGAAGUGUGAAAAAUGUGGCAAUAUAAACUACCCUUUUAGGACUAAGUGUAAUAGGCAGAACUGCGGUGCUGAUAAACCAUCUGAUGAAAAUAAAUCGCCUUCUCCAACAGCCGAUGGAAAUGAGCAGUGAGUACUAGGACUUGUCUGGUUGUUGGGAAGGUCCAGAGUUGUCGUCCAGCAUGCUCAAUAUCGCUGUCUGAAAGUCAGUCAUGUCGUCUUCAUAUUGCAGCGGUCACUCUACCUUCUUAUGAACUGUGUUGAGUUAUUGUAUUAUCUGCUGUGGUGAUGUCUUUUGUGGAUCCCUUUUAUAAUGUCCAGCUAAGUCUGGCAAAGUUUUACCUGUGGCUUUUGUUAUUUUAAUUAGGUAUUAAUGUUACUAUGAGAUGAUUUUAUUCAUCAUAGAGGUUAUGUCAACAUGCAACUGAGUACCUUUAGUUAGCGGGAAAUUAGAAACUGCAGUCUGUAUUAGUAUUAUUUUUUUGUGUUUUAAUUGUCUAUGCAGCCUAUGGUUCUUGGGUGUCCAGAGUUUCUCUUGGGUUCACUUGAUAUUGGUUUCCUGAAUUCAAGUGUACUUGUGGUUGUCUAGUUAAAAGAUAGCCUUUUCCUGCAGUCUCA